AUGAACCCCCAUUCCUCUGCCGGCGGCCAACCAUGGGGCCACCCUUUGCGAACAUUCAAUGGCGUCGGACGGGAUAAUGCGAUGGCCCAGCUCCCGCAGCCGAUCCGACAACCCACCGUCGUCGACCUGACAGCAGGCCCAGAGUCGCAGGACCGAGAACCGCCAUCCAAACGACCGAGAUUAGAAUUACCUACCUCAAAUACCCCGGAGGCUGGCGCAGCAACGGAACCGAAAAGCACCCCGGCCAACGCAAGUGCGCGACCUGCCAUCUCGUGGCGCGGCCGUCCGCUCUGGUCCUUCCAAGCGGUUAUAUCAGAUAUACCAGGCAAUGACAACCGGAACGACAGCGCGGCCAGUUCGAAGCCAUCUCCACCGCCGCUCCCCGCCCAGCCAUGGCAGACUCCCACAUCCGCGGUAACUGAGACGCCGGCGCCCGGUCCCAUCAAGUCGAGGGAAAGCUCCCCAGUCGGAGAAGUACAGACAACACCAUACCGCAUUGAGACUCCAGCUGUCGCCCCGGUCUACAGAGGGAACAAACCCGCUGAUUUCGCCCCAUGGACCGGCAACCACCCCGAGGACGUCUUGGACCAGCAGACUGCGAAACAGGGAUAUUAUGAUCGGACACAGGUUUCGCAGAACGAAUCCAACACCGCGCGUCCUGCAUUGUAUGCGCAGUUAAAACACCGCACGGGACUACAGAUGCUCUCUUCAGUGUUUGCCGCGGCACUAGAGAAACGCCAAACACACAACACCGUCCACGCUCCGUCAACCUUCAAACCACCACCCCGAGUGACACUCACCGAUAACAAGCGGGAGGCUUGGCUUAGAGACCUCGCCAACCCGACCGUGCCACUUCGGCGUCUGAGCCGAACCAUUCCCCACGGGAUCCGAGGCAAGGUUCUUCUAGAUCAGUGCCUAGGAAAAUGGAUACCUGUUGCACGCGCCGUUUGGUUAGGCAAAUGCGUGGGUGCGAAUGAGAUUCGUGCCUUCAAGCGAAAAGGCACGAGCGGUGCUAUGGCCGUUGGUUUGGAAGCCAAGUGGGUUAGAGACUGGACGACGAAUGUCCAGCAGUUUGUUGAAGGGGUAUUCAGCGCCCCAAAGUCCUCGGACUGGAAGGCAAAGAUGACAUAUGCGGUUGGAUUAACUGCCCGCCUGUUCUUCGAGAACCUUUUGGAUCAUGACCAUUUCCUCGAAUGGUUUCUGACAUCAUUCGAGGCUGCUUCCAUUGGUACUGUUCCGGUAUGGCUGUUGAUGCUUGGAAUAUACUGGAAUAGCAUAAUGCGCUAUCGGCGCAGAGGUCGUCGAUUAGCUGAGCUAUUGCUAAAGAAGCUCCGCCUGGUGACAGAAGCCAAGUUGACGCAACUCCAACCUCUUAUUGACCGUCUUUCUCGGUUCAUUAGGAAGCUAGUUCGUGACCACACUUCCUCCAUGAUUUUACCUCAAAGUUGGGAGACAUACAGCCAGCAAGUGUCAUCUUCUCUUGAUUUGACAAAUGAGGCAGACAAAGCCCUGUUACAGAGUAUUUCCGAGCGUAAUGCUCGAGUACAGCGACCAAAACACUCCAACAAAACAACUCAACGCUCCCCACAUCAACGCAUCAUCCGCCUUCUUGACUCCAUCCGCCCCGCCCAUGACAUCUCUAUCUCUACAUACCUCGACGCAUUUGAAGACAAGGCUAUCUUGGUCUCCAAACUCCUAGAAUGGCUCUCCACGCACUUCCGUCACGGCCUUCGCAGGGUCUACAUUGCAGCUCGUCUUCUACGCAAGUGGAAAUCCACCGGAGUCGAUAUAGACGGCCACAUCCUCACAUUUCUCUCUGGUGCACAAAAAAGCCAAGGUCUCGACAUGGAACCGAUCUACCACGUCAUUUCCGAACUGGUCAGGUCACAAACCUUUUCGGUUGGCCGCUACCUUCAAUGGCUCAUGGCAAGAGGUGUGACAAAUGGGGCCCCGUCCCAAGAGCUUAAGGUCAGCCUUGCAUCACGAACCCAGAACUCAUCAUCACUGACCACUAUACAGGUUGAGGACUUGCCAAUAGAUAUUGGACUAAUAGCGCAGCUUCCAGUGGGCCGUCUCCCAGAACAUGUUGGGAAUUUACGCAGCACUUUGCUAUCACGCACCGGUCUCUGUGCCUCCAAGGAAGCGACAACUAUUGAAAAUGUAAAGAGCAUCGUCAGCCGAAGCUUGCCGGAGAUGUUUGGCCUUGACAGAUCCGCUAUAAUGGAAUUGGACACACUGCCAUCAAACUUACCCUGGGCUGUGAAAGCCGAAGUUGGGAAGUGGCUUCGUCAUGCGGUUGCGCAACACAACCACGGGCCAGCAGAGCACAUCGCCAAGGUGUUCACCAAUGACACUGUGUUCACAGUUUCUGCGCUUACCCCUACGGAAUUCUACGUCGUUCGCGCGGUUUUUGAAACUUUUGGUGACAUAUCAAUGCUGGCAGAUGUGUUGAAAUUUGCGUCUAGCUGCAAGGACAGUACAGUUCUUGCCUCAGUUGCCGACACGACGAAUUGCCACUUUGAUUCCAUGUGCGUGAUUGGAGCCACAGGCGAUCUGUUUCGGAGACUCAUUGACGCCUAUGCCGGGGUCAAGAGGCUCGGUUCACCCAGUCUUGAUUUAAUAUUCUCUCUGAUUGAACUCGGUCUGCGGAUUCCGAACGAACUCAACGCAGUUUCUAUUCUUCGUCAAGAUCUGUCUCGCAUGGAGAACAAAUCAAUCGUGGCAGCAUCUUCCCCUGUAUCUGACCAUAUUCCUGACAGCUUCGGUGAUAUCGAUCCUCUUUUCCGAGAGAAGCUUGAUCAACUCUUGCUAUCAGGCAACGUCAUGGAUGAGCCUACACUGGAUACGCUCUUCAACGCAUUGGCAAAGCAUUUGGAAACUGACGGCGGAAAGGUUAAUCUGUCUGCAAACGAUACCUGCCGUUACCUUGCGCAACUGAGGUCAUUCAGUCCAAAGCAUUUUGAUGGUAUUCUCGCACGCUGGAUAUGCGGUCAUCUGCGAUCGUCUGAUCGCACUGCUUUGCUACGAAUUCUUCCGCCGCUGAUCGGUGUUGGAUGUGUCACAAUCAGAGCUUUCUUGGCUCUUGCGAAGAGGUUAAGCAGUUUAGCCGUAACACCCAUUCCGAACCCAGCGCAUCUACCUGCCGAGCUUGUUCAGCUUCUCAUAUCUGACCCCAAAGAAAGCAAGUUGUUCGACCUCGUUUCUUACCGUUUUCAGCUUGCACAGCAAGAAUUUCUUACCAAGAGCUCGGAGGAGGCACUGGGGAUCGUUUGUGAUGCUGCUUCAUGCAGCGCUGGUGGCUCUCCGAUUACGGCCAGUGAGCUAGAGGGGCCUAUGGUCGAGCUGUUGCGUGAUCUCCUCGUGCGGAACCCUGGGUGUGCGGCUCAGAACAGCCUUCAAAAGCUUGUUGACAAAUAUCCGGCUGCUUUGAGCGUUAUUCAAAAGGCACUGGAUCUUUUGCUGGGUGUCGAAUCCCAACCGGGCAGCCAAUCGGUUCUCAUGGAGGUAGAGAAACUUGCCGGCAUGACUGAUGACUUCUCGCUUCCCUUUUGCCAAUUGAAACUUCAAGUCCUGUUUGGUGCGGACUCAGCGACUGAAGAUCGAGCUAGUAUUGUCGAUGCGAUGUUCAAGACGGCCGUAUCAGACAGCCGUGCCCAUAGGCUUCAUUGGGUAGACCUGGUCGCACUGAUGAGUCCCGAUGCCGUUCGACAAAUUCGCGAGCGUGCCGAGAAGGAGUUCUUCUCCAUUCCUAUACUCGAAGAGCCGAUGGGCGACUCGGCCUGUCCCUCGGCCAAGUUGAGCUCACUGGAAACUGCCAGACUCUAUCUUACUAUCAUCGAGGAGCUUGGUACCAGCAUUCCCGAAUCUGGCACUCCGUCUGUUGCAUCUGUUCUUGUCGACAAAAUGGACUCCCUACUCCACAAGGUCAUGUCCAUGCACAACAACGUCUCCGCUGCCCCCGAAGGCGCAGCCGCCCCAAGCCGUUCAAAGUUUGAACGUGCUCUUGCCUUCUGGUUCUCUGCCAUGCUGAGGAUGAUUGUCCUCCAUCGGUCCGCAUUUGUUCAAUCACCCGCAGCACUAAAGGUCAACUCUCUGCGCGAUCAGCUCCGACUAUCGACAUCUAUCCUCUGUAUCGCUCUCUCGCGUCUCCCAGGCGACCUACUGCGCCUCUAUCCAGCCGCGGACUAUUUCCCGCGGCCCAACUCGCCCGAAGAUUUCCGUCCCUGUCCCGGGGUCCUAUUACAAACCCACGCCCUCGAUGUAGUUGCAUCCCUGAUCGACAUCUUCCCAGACGAAGUUCGCGUGCAAUGCGCUCGCUUCUUCAAAGAAAAAUGCCCUUCAUUCGUUCCAAUGCAGAAUGAUUCCCGAUUUCUGUACCUACUCGGUCCCAUGACAGACCAAUACCCCACAAACACGCAGCAAUUCUCAGCGCCUUCACCUGCAGGAUCCGGAUCAACGCCGACUCCCACGCCCGCUCCAAUGUCCACUAUGGGGCCAUCCCCGGCACAGCAUUCCAUUGCGGCGGCCUCCGGCUUGUCGACCGGCAUGGAUGGCUCGAACAAUAUGGCCAACCGGCUCCGGCUUCAACACCGUGGUCGCGUGCUGGGCCCAUACCCUGUUCGUCCAUGGGAAUUGCUCGAGGAUGCAGCUCCUUUCCUGGGUGUCAACGACACCGCUGUCAACCUUGGCUACUUUGACGCUAGACGCGUAAGAGCUUGA